AUGUCUUUCUCUGCCUGUCUCAGCCGCUCUGUAUCUCUCUCUGCCCGUUUCAGUCUCUCAGUGAGUCCCUCUUCCGGGCUCGGUCUCUCAGUGAGUCCCUCUUCCAGGCUCAGUCUCUCAGUUAGUCCCUCUUCCAGGCUCAGUCUCUCCGUGAGUCCCUCUUCCAGGCUCGGUCUCUCAGUGAGUCCCUCUUCCAGGCUCAGUCUCUCAGUUAGUCCCUCUUCCAGGCUCAGUCUCUCAGUUAGUCCCUCUUCCAGGCUCGGUCUCUCAGUUAGUCCCUCUUCCAGGCUCAGUCUCCGCUCAGGUCUCUCAGUUAGUCCCCCUUCCAGGCUCAGUCUCUCAGUGAGUCCCCUUCCAGGGCUCAGUCUCUCAGUCCCUCUUCCCCCUUCAGUUCCCCUUCCAAUCUCUCUCAGUGCGUCCCCUUCCGGGCCUCGGCCUCUCAGGGAGUCCCCUUCCUGCCUCGGUCUCUCAGUGAGUCCCUCUUCCUACCUCAGUCUCUCCAUAUACUUAACUACCAAACUACCUACCAGCAAUAUCCCAUUUAAUGAAUUCACUAUUUAUUAA